AUGACAGACCAGUUUGCGUUUACGUACCCCUCGCCCCUGGAGGGGUACGAGAAUCUCGAACCGCUUCCAGAUGAGCGAAACGACGACGGCAAAUCAUACAAGAACUCCCAGCAUGGCGUCCUGAGUAAAGCAUACGAGGAGUUCCCGGACCCUCUGACCAAGGGCCGACGGGGCGGCUUCGACAUCCACAUCUACCAUUUCCAGGUGAUUCCCCAAAGCAAGCAUACCAACCCGGACCAAGCGGCAUAUGCAAAGGCGCUGUGGGAGCGGAUCCGACGUGAAUUUCCCGAGCUCAGGAUCUACCAGUUCUUUGAUCGGCCAAUUGGACCGCACCCUGUGGCGAUGUUUGAGGUGAAUCUGUUCACGCCGGCGCAGUUCGGAGCGUUUAUUCCCUGGCUGGUUAUCAACCGCGGGCCGUUGAGCGUGCUGGUGCAUCCGAACACGACGGAGGAGGAGGAGGAGCGGAAUCAUACCCAGCGGGCGACGUGGUUGGGAGAUCGCAUUCCGCUGGAUCUGCGAUUAUUUAAGCUGAUGAAGGCGAAGAGGGAGCAGGAUCUGGCUAAGAAGAAGGAUUAA